AUGGCGUCGGGAGCCAUUUCCACGGAAUUGAAGAAAAUAUCAGAAUUAAGAGUUGUUGAUUUGAAAUCCGAAUUAAAGCGUAGGAGUUUGGACACUUCGGGAAUUAAGAGCGUGCUACUUACCAGACUCAAGGAGGCUAUUGAAGAUGAGGGUGGCGACCCAAACAACAUUGACGUCCAAUCUGCGGACCAACCAACUCGUAAAGUUGGAAAGUCCAGAGGCAAAAAAGUCGAUUCAGAUCUGGAUGUGACAAAUGAGGACGAUGCAUCCUUUAAGGAGGUUGAAGAGUCAGAGUCAGAAAAAGAUGUAACUGAUACAGAUGACGGUACUCGUGAAGAAUCUAAGCCAGCACCUUCUGAGGACUGCCUCACUCAGACUGAAGAUGAAGUCCACAGUGAGGCCCUGCAAGAGACCGUAGGCGAUUCAGAGGAGGAACCUGAGCGAGAGCCAGACCUUGAAGAGGACAACAUGAUAAUGGCUGAGGAUGACCACAAGACUGACAUUCAGCCAGAACCAGAGGAGGAGGUCCUGCCUGAGCUGGAGCUUGUACCGGAACACGAAACGGAGCCUGACGUGGAGCCCGAGCCAGAGACUGAUCAGGAUCUAGAGGUGGAUGAUGCAGACGCUGACCCUGAUGAGAUCGAUCUGGAUGAGAACGAUGCAGACACAGUGCCAUUGUCGAGGGACGUGGAGGAUGAUCGGUUGUCUGUCUCAAUGCAGAACGAAGAUGCCAUUACCUUAGACGUUGAUGGCGAUGAUCUCCUGGACACAGGUAAACAUGUGAAACUUCCAGAUUCAGAAGGAGAGAAGAACACAGAGCCAGGGCCUUCCACCAACAUGGGCCCUGAUGAUGAUGAGGAUGAUGAUCAUUCCAAAGAAGAUGAGACGGGCCAUAGAGAUGGUAAGAAGGAUGACGCGUCCAAGGGCGAAGCUGCGAAGAAAGCUGAAACUGGAGACAAAGAAAAGGAAUCUGGGGCAGGUCAAGCAAAGAGAGACGGUGAUGGAAAUGUUUCUAAAGAUGAAAAGGGAAUCUCACGUAAUUUAUGGGUCAGCGGCUUGUCGUCAAAUACCAAAGCAGCUGAUCUUAAAAAUCUAUUUGGAAAAUAUGGCAAGGUUUUGAGUGCCAAAGUGGUAACAAAUGCUCGGAGUCCGGGUUCAAAAUGCUACGGGUUAGUAACCAUGUCCUCUAGUACUGAGGUGGCUCGAUGCAUUUCGCAUCUGGACUGCACAGAACUACAUGGACAACAAAUAUAUGUUGAACAGGCAAAAAAUGAUCCAUUUAAAAAGGAUUCUGCCAAGAAGGAAGUAGAAGAAAAUAAGAAUGGUGCCAGUAAAUCAAAUGACAAGCGCAGCUCUACGGGUGCAAAAAUGACAAACAAAAGGGAAGAUAAGAAAUCCUCUGACAAAGAUGCCUCAAAGAAGCCUGAAGUAAAGAGUCAAUCUCAAGCAAAAUCGACCUCAAGUCAAGAGUCUCCAAAAAAGGAUGAUAAGAAGUACAACAGGGCAAGAAGUCCUGCGAAAAUGUCCGGAGCUGGUUACAACAAGGAUUUCAAUUUUAACAAAACAAGACCAUUCAGACGAUAUUAUGAUAAGCCUUAUAACAGUAUUCAACGCUGGCCCAAGUGGUUGGUUCCUCCGAAUGAGUUGGAACUCUUAAAAAACAGAGAAGAUCAAGAAAUUGUCCCCUUUGAGAAAAUUAAGGAACAAAGGAUGCAUGAACGCAUCCGUAGAGCGGAAGAACUUCGAAGGCGCCGUCAAAUGGCUGAACACGCACGAAGAGAACGCCUGGAGCGAGAGAACUUGUUCCGAGAGCGAGAGAGGCUUGAGAUGGAGAGGCAAAAACUGGAGAGGGAGCGUUUAGAAAGGGAGAGACUUGAAAGGGAGAGAAUUCGCAUUGAGCAGGAGCGACGUAAAGAAGCAGAGCGAUUGGCUUGUGAACGAGAGGCUUUACGCAGACAACAUGAGCAACUCCGCUAUGAGCAAGAAAAGAGAAAUAAUUUAAAAAGAGGGCGGGAAGUGGAACAUGGUCGUAGAGAUGAUCCAUACUGGAAUGGAAACAAAAAGAUCCAAUCGGAUGAUGUUCGCUUAAAUCCAGCACCUAAUUACAACCGGCAACAAGGCAGAUUUAACAACUUCAAUCUCAGAGAAAGGGGUCGCUUCCCAGAGACUUCAGAGCAGCAAUCAUUUGAAAGGAGGAACAGGUUUGAUGGUGAGCCACCUGUAAAGAAAGCUCGCCCUGGUUUUGAUCGCUUUCCAAAGGACUUUGGCUCAGUUGGUGCAGAACCUUCAUAUCGUGUUGGGGACAAAGACCACAGGGACAGGGAUGAAAGACGGCCUAUGCCCAUACAUGAUCGUCCUAUUGCAACGAGAACCCCGAUGCCGAGCAUGUCACACAGUCGCUCACCCAGGGAUGGUGUGCAUGGAUGGAAGAAUGAUGCUGGCAUAAACGCCAACAAGGGAGAGAUGCGUGGAACAGCACGAAUGAGAGACAAUCGACCUGGCAGAGAUGGCCUGAGCUCUGCAGUCAGAGGGGGCUCUUCUGGCACCCAUGGGAGAAAUUUUAAUGAUCGAGAUUCACGACCCAUGGGCAUAAAUGAACAACCUUUCAGCUCUGGCCGACAAGUUGUUGUUGAGCGUCAAAAUAGAGACCAAGGACUGAGAAAAGAAUGGCACGGUGGAGCAGGCUCGCAAAGUGCAGGCUUUGUAGAAAACAGGAGAAUGGGAAAUGCCCGUGGCAGCAUGACUCCCUCUUCUAGUCACUCAUCUGGAAUGAAUAGGAUUGUACAGAUCACCAGCAACUCUCCAAGCGGAGGAAACGUGGGUGGAUUUAAACCGUUUAAAUCAUCCCAACGAUAUUGA